GAGUGGAGUAGUGGUGGUGGUGGGUGCAAAGACGCGGACGAGACCACACGAGCCGGCCCGAGUCCGAGUCCGUCAGUCCGUUGGGAGAGCGCGAGCGGCGAGGACGUGUUUGCGUGAGAGUGAGACAAGAGACACAAGAGUGUUGUGUGUGUUUUGUGUGUGCCGCCGACUGGGAGUGAAGAAGAGGCGUCCCCCUUUCUUACUGCUGGAUACGACAGACGUCAGAGAGUCGACGACAUGAUGAAGAGUCUGCUGGUCCUCGUGGCGGCGCUGGCCUGCGCGGCCGCGCACUCCUACCACCUGGGCUCGUGCCCCAACGUGGAGCCCAUGUCCGGCUUUGAGAUGGACAAGUUCCUGGGCAAGUGGUACGUGAUCCAGAAGACGUCGACGGGCAGCCGCUGCCUCGUGUACAACUUCACGCGCGUGGGCGAGGCCGAGAGGGCCGCCGGCGACUACCGCGUCGAGCAGAUCAGCGAGCACCUGCUGCUGGGGCUCACCUCGGUGGACCACAAGUACCGCUACAGCGGCCUGCUGCGCGUCAACCCGGACUCCGACUCGGCCGCCAACAUGACUGUCCAGUUCCCGCUCAGUGUCGCGGGCAGUGCCUCGUAUCGCGUGUUCAUGACCGACUACGACACGUACGCCGCCAUCUUCACGUGCCAGAGGCUGGCUUUCGCCAAUCGCCAGUCCGUCUCGAUCCUGGCCAGGAAACGCACCCUGGACAAGCAGUACAUCGAUAAGAUUCGCAACCGCAUGAGCACCCUGGGCGUGGACCCGUUCGACCUGUCCAUCAUCUCCCAGGACCGCUGCGUCGUGGAGAAGACCGAGGGCGUGGACAUCAACAUCGACGAGGACACGUUCACGGCGCAGUCCGCGGCCGGCGUCGUGCGCAAGGCCGGCGAGAAGAUCGGCGACGGCAUCGAGUACGCCGCGGACGGCGCCAAGAAGCUGUACCACACGGUCCGCGGCGAGAAGUCCGUGUCCGAGGACCAGCGCGAGCAGGUGCAGGUCAACGACCACAACCACGGCCGCUUCAGCGACCAGGACGCCGAGUGGCUGCCCUGAGCGUACCGACGCUAUGAUGGGGGGAGAGAUUCGACCUCCAAUCACCGCUCCCCUCUCCUUUGAGAAUGAACAUUUUUUUAUUAGCCAAAGAGCCUGAACAAAGUAUUGACUCACCGAGUGCCUUACGCCCGCAGAGGAACAUGUGGGGGAGAUUUACAGAGACUGCAAUUGUAAAGCGAUUUGUCUUCUGACUACGCUGGACGGAUAUUUCUCUCCGUUAUUCCUUCUUUCAUAUUGCGCUGUUUACUUGAUAAAUAUCAAAGGUGAAAGAUUGUUGAUUUUCUUGUGACAGUUGGGUUCGAAUACAAAAUAAUCUCUGUGAUAGCUUUAUAAAGAUAUGACUGUGUGUGCGUAGUUCAACCGCAGAAGAGCAGACGAGUGAAAGAAUGAAUCAAAAGAAAUUGCUAGCUACGAUGCCUCUAGAAAAAAAAAACGUUUUUAAAUAAAGUGUUGCCUGUGCCA